AUGAGCACCCCGAACAGGAAACUCUACCUGCAGUACCAGGAGCAGCCGUACCAGAACAUCCACUCAAUCCAACCUUUUGAGGUCAUUAAUAUUCUCCAUUACAUAUUGUAUACUUUUUAUUAUUCAUUUUUUUUAGACACACGUGAAUCAGAAUCUGCUCCUGCUGAAACGGCUACUCCAGCUCCCGUAGAGAAGAGUCCAGACAAAUUCCCAGCUGCAGCACCAGGGAACAGCCUCGAUGGUAAAGGUGAUUCCAGGGGCAACAACGAGGGUGCUAGUUCUCCUCCUGUAACAACCAAAGAACAAACAACACAAUGCGUUACUAGGGAAACCCAAACAACACAACCCGCAGUAACGGAAACUGGGACAUCUGGACAGAGUAGUAACAUUGCUGUAGAUCUAAAGAUAGAUCUAACUGUGGAUACAGUUGCCCCAACCACUCCUAUUGUAUUUGCUACAUGGUUUGUGACAGUAUUUAUCUACAUUGCCUUUCUCUUAUAUAAGUACACUUCAUUAUUCCAUGAAAAGAAGAAACAGUCCCCUAAAAGUAAAAGAAGAAAGAGAAGAUCUACCAUCGAACGUGAAUUGAACACACCAUUAGCGUGGAGUGAUUCAGCAACAGAAUAUUGCACAGAAUGCGGCUCCUAA